AUGGCUAACUAUAAGAGAAUAUUGUUGACAAUUUCACAUGAUGAAGUUCAAAUAGACGAUCCAACAUUUCCAUCAAAUGAUGAAUCAUCUCCUGAUGAAGUAGAUGCCAAGGAAAACCUUCCGAGUCAAAAGCUCGAGUCAAAAAAUAUUGUAAGAGUUUUGAGAAAGACAUUUGAUGAGCCAAGAGGAAAGUUUCGAGGAGCGAUUGCAACUGUCCGUCUUCUUCUCGAACUACCACCAGCUUUGAUUUUGCUUGACUCAGGAUCCGAAAAAUUCGGAGAAUGUGUUAUCAAGCUCAUGAAAUCUCAUAACCCAUUCAAAUCUGACCGCACCAUCGUAUCCAUUGCCAUUGAUGGAGGUGACAAUAAUUGUGAUGUGUCUACUCAAUUCAAACCAAUAGGAGCCAUCAAAAACUUUGAUGUUGUUCGUUGUAUUGAAAAGUCGGAGCACGACAUCGACCUUGGACUCCGACAAACAUCAGUGAUUUUCACAUAUUUGAAUCCACCAAGAUCGAAUUGA